CUACCCUCCAGCAGAAAUCAUGCCAGGUAUUUCCUGGACUGAAGGAGUCUCCAAUGAGACAGUUGCCAAUGCCAGUUCAGAAUUCCGUUUGGAAGCAGACUUCCAGUAUUCCUUGUUCACUGUCAUCUACAGCAUUGUCUUCGUGCUGGGACUGAUAGAAAAUGUCUUAGCUCUGUACUUCCUGUCCUGCAAAGUAAAGCACACUUCGCAUUCCUAUGUAUACAUGAUUAAUCUAGCUCUGGUAGACACCUUGUUUGUUUGUGUGUUGCCUUUUAAAAUUCAUUACCACCUGAAUCGGAACAAUUGGAUCUUUGGUGACAUGGCUUGUAGGAUAACUGGGACUUUGUACUACAUCAACAUCUAUCUAAGCAUUGCCUUUUUCACCUGCAUCUGUGUUGAUCGUUACAUUGCAGUGUUGCACCCCUUCACGUACGUCCAGACCAAAGUCAUCCAUUACGUGAUGGUGGUCACAAUCCUUUGGGUGGUCGCUCUGAGUGUCACGGUUCCGCUUAUCCUCGGAGGUCCCCUCCACAACAGUGGUGUGAGGAACACAACAGCGUGUUUUGAGAACUUUGCUACGACUAGCUGGACUUACCGCAUGGCACCUUACAACAUCCUGGCCUUAGUUUUUGGUUUUGUGAUCCCAUUUUCCAUCAUUCUCAUCAGCUACCCUCUCAUUGCUAAGAGGAUCUCCCAGAUGAAACGCAGCAUUUGCAAGAGGAAGGCCCUGAGCACCAUCUACAUCAUCUUGGUCAUUUGUACUUUGUGCUUUCUCCCGUAUCAUCUCACUCACUUGCUCCACUUUUUAAUGAGAAUCCAAGUCAUCCAGAACGGGUCAUUUACCAACUUGAUCUACAAAAUGCGAAGGGUCACCUUAGCCCUCGUGAGUUUCAACUGUUGCCUUAACCCACUCUUGUACUACUUCACCUCUUCCAGCAAGCAAUGGCGCUUCAACUUCAGGCUCAGAUCCAGGUCUAAAAUGGUGUACACAAUCUGUGACCAGAAACUGGGGGAGUCCUGCUAUGUCUAUAAACUACAACAGAGACGCUGAAAUAAACACAGAGAUGGAAUCAACUGAUCUACUUUAAAACCACACAGCUUCUGAGAACUGCUGAGUUUUCCACCCUAUCAAACAUGAGACUUUGGAGAGAAUUUAUCAUUUUUAGGUUAUCAGAGUCACCAGAAAACCACUGGCCUGGAUGACAAAGCUGCUUAAAAGCCAACGGUUUACUUCAGAGGAUGUGAUCUUUGGUAACGGAGAUACAGACUCACUGUUCUGUUCCUUCCCACACCACCCCAAACUUUGUAAGUGCAUAUAUAUAUAUAUAUGCUAUUGGCCUGUAGGCAUGCAAGACUGCUGAGCAGAGGAGAACGGAAGGGAAAUUGUCAUGGGGCUUGUUUAACAGGGACCAAGGUAUGCCUAACUAACUGUGGCGAUGCAAAACACCGGCUAGAAGUUACA